UGACGUCAUCGGGAGUGCGGGCCGGGCACGGGCAGCCCCAUUCAUCCACCGCGUGACGUCACGGGGAGCGGUCGCGCUGCGGUGACGUCACGAAGGGAUGGGCCGGCCCGUGAUGGCAGAACGGAGGCUCCUCGUUCUCUUUGGCAGCCAGACGGGGACGGCCCAGGACACAGCAGAGAGGGUCGGGAGAGAGGCCGCGCGCCGGCACCUGCAGUGCAGGGUGGAAGCCCUGGACAGCUGUGACCUGGCCAACCUCAUCCAUGAGCCACUGGUGGUGUUUGUGUGUGCCACCACCGGCCAGGGAGACCCACCUGAUAACAUGAAGGUGUUCUGGCGGUUCCUGUUCCGGAAGAACCUGCCCCCCGGCUCCCUGUGCCAGCUGGACUACGCCGUGCUGGGCCUUGGAGACUCCUCCUACCCCAAGUUUAAUUUUGUUGCAAAGAAGCUGCACAAACGGCUGCUACAGCUCGGGGGCAACCCACUGCUGCCAGUGGCCCUGGGAGACGACCAGCAUGAUCUGGGGCCGGAUGCAGUGGUUGAUCCGUGGCUUGUGGCCUUAUGGGACAAGAUCCUCGCCUUGUAUCCUCUCCCUCCUGGCCUUGAGAUCAUCAGCCCAGACACACGCCUGCCCCCAAAAUACACCCUGCACUACCUGCCUGAGGACUCCCUGCCCCCCGAGGGUGACCUUCUCCAGCCGACAGCGCCCAGGGCUGUUCCCUGUGAGCUCCAUCCCUUCGCUGCCCCCGUGGUGUCCAACCGGCGGCUCACGGCACAGUGCCACUUCCAGGACGUGCGGCUCAUCGAGUUCGACAUCGCGGGCUCGGGCAUCACGUUCAGUGCAGGGGACGUGGUGAUGAUCCAGCCCCAGAACUGCCCCGAGGAUGUGCAGCAGUUCUGCCAGCUCCUGCGCCUGGAUCCGGACAAGCGCUUUGUGCUGAAGCCCACGGAGCCUGGCACAUCCCUCCCUCCCCUUUUGCCACAGCCCUGCACCAUCCGGCACCUGGUCACCCACUACCUGGACAUCUCCUGCGUGCCACGGCGCUCCUUCUUCGAGCUCCUGUCCCACUUCUCCACCAACGAGCUGGAGCGGGAGAAGCUGCAGGAGUUCAGCUCUGCUCAGGGCCAGGAGGAGCUGUACAGCUACUGCAACCGGCCCCGCAGGACCACGCUGGAGGCCCUGUGGGACUUCCCUCAUACCACGUGUGCCAUUCCAGCCGAUUACCUGCUGGACCUCAUCCCCCGCAUCAGACCCCGCGCCUUCUCCAUCGCCUCCUCCAUGCUGGCUCACCCUGACAGGAUCCAGAUCCUCAUGGCAGUGGUGCAGUACAAGACACGGCUCAGCAAACCCCGCCGUGGGCUCUGCUCUACCUGGCUAGCUUCUCUCAAUCCAGAGCAAGGUGAUGUCCGGGUGCCUCUUUGGGUGAAGAAAGGAGGAUUGAAGUUCCCAGCUGACCCUGCCACCCCUGUGAUCAUGAUUGGCCCUGGCACAGGGGUGGCACCGUUCCGAGCAGCGAUACAGGAGCGGGUGGCACAGGGACGUACAGGGAACUGCCUCUUCUUUGGCUGUCGACAGAAAUCCAAGGACUUCUACUGCCAGGCAGAGUGGGAAGAGCUGGUGGCAAAGGGCUUCCUGACACUCUUCACAGCCUUCUCCAGGGACCAGGAGGAGAAGGUUUAUGUUCAGCACCGCAUCCGGGAGAACCGCGGGCUGCUCUGGGAGCUGCUGAGCCGUGGGAAUGCUCACGUCUACCUGGCUGGGAAUGCCAAGCAGAUGCCAGUGGCGGUGGCCGAGGCCCUGCGGUCGGUGCUGGAGCUGGAGGGUGGGCUGUCACCCUCGGAAGCAGAGGAGCAUUUAACAGCCCUGGAACGGUCCCAGCGCUUCCAGUCUGAAACCUGGUCCUAAGCCUGGCUCCCUGCCCCCCCCUUCCCCACAAACUGCCUCAAUAAAGGAGCCAGCACAAUGA